AUGGACGGACAACUAGGAGAGUUGGGGUUGGAGAUCUUAUGGCACAACAAGACGUAUAUCUGCAUGUUCAACGAGAAGGAAAAGGAUUUGGGAGGGCUACUCGUCGGGGAUAAUCCUCUGAACCAUAGUUUUCCGGUGUUCUUAGUUCUGGUAGCCCUUUGCCAGAUUACCUCACAGGUGAUCUAUCUCCUUCUCAAGCCCCUGAGGCAACCGAAGUUUGUCUGCAGUCUCCUGGCAGGCAUUUUCUUAGGGCCCACUGUGCUCGGACGCACCAAGUCGUACCUGAGAAUGAUGUUCUCAACGAGGCAGAAGAUACUACUGGACGUGACGAGCAACCUCGGCGUGAUCUACUUCUUGUUCCUCACCAUGGUGAAAAUGGACACGUCCCGGACCCUGAGGUCAUCGAAGAGUGCCUGGGGCAUCGGGAUCGCAUGCAUGGUCUUGCCCCUCUUAUUUGUGUGCUGCCUGCUUGUCUGGGGGGGUAAAACCCUGCUCUCUCAGAUGCACAGCAAUGCGCCUCUCAUGAUUGCGACCUUCACCCUCUCCCGUUUCCCCAACGUUGCCCAUGUCCUGGACGAGCUCAACCUUCUGAGCUCGGAUCUAGGCCAGCUCUCACUCUCCGCAUCAGCCGUGAACGAUAUCUUUGCAUUGACGGCUGCACUGCUCGGGAUGAUCAUCCGAUCUGGGAAUUUACUCCAAUCCUUUUUGAUUUUACUGUCCGCAGUCUUCGUCAUAUCCUUCACCUUCUUCAUGGUGCGUCCGAUCCUGUUCUACAUUAUCUCAGAAACCCCAGAUGGGAGGCCUGUAGAUGAAAUCCACAUCUCUGGGAUACUUCUUGGGGCCAUGUUCAUGGCUGCCUUUACCGACUCAAUCGGGCUAUUUCUCUCGGGAUCUAUCCUAUUAGGGUUAGUGAUACCAAAUGGACCGCCCCUGGCUGCAACAUUGGUCGACAAGUCUGAGGUCUUCAUCAUGGAGUUUCUCAUGCCCCUGUUCUAUCUUUACGUCGGCAUCCACACCGACAUUUCUUCACUAAAAGACUGGAAGGGUGCAUUCAUACUCAUGCUUCUCGCCAUAUUGACUGCAUUUUUGAAGUUGAUGGGUGCUUUCCUACCAGCAACCAUGUACUACAAUAUUCGGGUUCAGCAUGCUUUUGUGCUGGGGCUUAUUCUUAACUUCCGCGGUGUGAUCGAAAUCAUCGUGAUUCGUCGGUGGAGAGAGGGCAUGGUCAUCGACGAAGAAGGUCACACAGCAAUGGUGCUGGCGAACUUGUUGAUUACUGCGAUCAUUGUGCCUAUGAUCGAACUCCUAUACAAGCCUCAAGAUAAUGUCAGUGCAUUUGUGGCGAAAGACUUGACAGCAAUUCAGAAAAGUUCGCAUGGCAGGGAGUUACGGGUGCUUUCAUGUAUACACGAAGAAGAAAAUGUGAAUAGCACCAUCACUCUUCUGGAGGCUUCCAACCCAACGUCCAGUAGCCCGAUAUGUGCGUCCAUAGCGCACCUUGCUGAGCUUGCUGGCCGAGCCGCCCCAAUAGUCAUCCCAUACAGCAAGAACAAGAAGAUGAUUAGGUCCUACAGCUCUGACCGCAUCAUGCGAGUUUUUGACAAUUACUCGAGAAGUUCAGAUGGUAGAGUACUCGUAAAACCUUUUACCAUCAUCUCCUCAUACAAAAGCAUGCACGAGAACAUCUGCAAGCUGGCUCGAGAUCAGGCUGCUCAUAUUAUCAUUAUCCCCUUCCGGAAGAGGAAAGACGAUGAUGUUAGAGAAGUCACGUCCCUCCGCAGCCUGAAUACCAAUGUGCAGGCUUUCGCACAAUCCACAGUCGGGAUACUUGUAGAUAACGGCUUUCCUCGUUACACUAGGCAGACUAAAUUCUCCUAUAAUGUGGCAGUGGUAUUCCUCGGAGGACCAGAUGACAGGGAGGCGCUGGCAUUUGCUGCCAGAAUUUUGGGCCGUGAAGGGAUCCACAUGACGAUGAUCCAGAUCAUCCUAAAUCAUGGGAGUUAUGAGGAUGAUGAUGAAGGUCAAGAGAAGCUCGAUGCUUCAAUUCUUGAAGAAUUUAAAAUGACGGACAGUAAACAAACACGUGUGACCUACCGGGCAAUAGUGGCAGAGGAUGGCAUAGAAGUAAUUAACAUAAUCAAGUCACUGGAGCUGGACUGUGACCUUUUAAUUCUAGGCCGUCGACCCAUGAGCAGAUCAUUAUUUAGUGAAGGGAUGAUCCAUUUUAGCGAGAACCCAGAGCUCGGAGUUAUUGGUGAUCUUCUCGUAUCGAAUGACUGCCGUGGACAUGCCACUUCUAUAUUAGUUAUGCAGCAUUGCUCCUGCCGCGAGAAUUCAUGGGCUUAAGCAAAAGACAGAGCAACCUUUGCACCGGUUCCUUAGCUGACAAACUUAUUGGCAGCACGAAACAUCCAUUACAUGCUCGUCAUCUUACUUGAUGAUGGAUUCUCCAUAAUUUGGAGGUGGCCGCACUCAGUCGAUAACCAGUUGAAUUGAUUCAGCCAGGGCCUGUCAAAGCUCACGCUGCUCAAGAACCUGUACAUUAUAAAUCACCCCUCCCUCCCCCCCACACACCUUUUUUGCCUUUUUCUCUUUUCCAUUGUUCAUUAGAUGAUGAGAGGCAGGUGAAGCAAUUGACGGAUAGACUUUACAGGAGUUACCGACCGGGCAAGGUAGGGGAUUUGUUGGAAUUGUAGCUAACUUUUGUAAUUAAGGAGAAACAGGAACAAUGACAAUGUAAGCAAAGAGAAACACCGCUCAGAAGAACAGGAAGUGAGGAACAAAGGGAGGAAGAAUCAGGAAUGUGGGUUGCUAGUUCGUCCCAGUUUUCUGGGAAUCUUGCUUUGGAAUGCAUCGAUUACACCAUUUGGCUACCUUAAAAGAUAGGCAGUUUAUUGUAUCCUUGAUGGCUUAUGUACGAAUUGUAGAACAAUGAAAUCAUAAGACAAAUCUCCAUGAUCAUCUCAAUCUCAA